AUGCGUAUACCUUACCUCGUGGCGGCGACUUUGAUCACUCUUUUUGCUUCUAAGAAUGCUGUCUUGGCUGGGACGGAAUCGAACCAGGUGGCACUCGCUAUAGAGAACACUCCCAGAAACCCCGUCGAAGCUCGUGUGCUGCAGACCGACGUAAGCGUAGUGAAUGCCAAGCGAUUGCAUCGAGUCGAGAUUGCCGCCGACUCGGAAGAUGAAGAGGAGCGAGCCCUCCCGUCUGGAGCAACCAAACUCUCGGAAAAGCUGAAACCAACUACAGGCAAGCUUAAAUCUCUCGUUCCAACGACAGCAAAUCUGGUGGACAAGUCGAUGGCCAUCGCGGUGAGACUCAAGCCGAUUACUGACGCGUUCACAGGAAAGCUGAAGCCGGUUGCAGAUAAACUCAUUCCGAUUUUCAAACCGAUCGCAGAGAAGCUAAAGACAGUCUCGAGCGUUAAAAACUUCAUUGCCAAACUCAAGGCAUUCGUGGAGAAAAUCAAAACCUACAAGGUUGGAGAACACACAAUUGGCGAGCGCUACACAAUGGCAAAGUUUGAGCUCUGGUUUAAGCAGAACAAAACUCCGAACGAUGUCAAGGCGAUGCUGAAGGCAGGAGAAGGUGCCGUGGUGAACACGAAGAACCACGAUCUAUCGGUUCAGUACAACGCAUUUUAUAAAUGGGCCCAGAGAGAUAAAGAGGUCAAGGCGGCGAAGGCAGCCGCAGCGGCAGCAUGA